GCUAACAUUGUGAGUUAACGUUACUACUACUGCUGCCACUUUGAAAGGAUUCACACGAGAUGUCCUUCGAUUCAUUUAGCUGAAUUGAUAAGCAUUUAUACCAAGGUUGAGUUUUGAGCCGCGCAGUGUGAGCCACAGUCCCUGAACGGGGACAGAACACACCCAAGACAGUGUGUGUGUGUACACGUGCCUUCAUGAGGAUCCUGGUGAGAUGAAUAAACCGCCGCAGCCUCUAACGGGUCCCCCGCCCUCUGCCCCCCCUCACCCCCCCGCACCCUCCCCCGGCCUCUCGCAGCCUGGCUUCCCCUCUCAGCAGCCGUCUGUUGUGUUUGCCACACCCCCUCCAAUGAACCCCGCCCAGCAACCUCCCCGACAGCCGUACUACCAGCCCCAGCGUCCCUCAUUGGCCAGUAGUGGUGGGCGUGUCCAGCCCCCCUCCUCCGCUCCUCGACCAAUCCCAGGCCCACAUGGGACACACCCUGCCCACGUCUACCAACCAGGGUCCCACUCCCAGGUCAUGAUGAUCCCCCAGCAGCCAAUCCCGUUUGCCAACUCCCAAACCCCCGCCUACUUCAUACCUGGACAGUACCGUGCCCCCUACGUCACCCCGCAGCAGUACCAGGUCACAGGAUCCCCAGGGUUCUACCCCGGAACCAGCCCAGGAGAUUACGCUGGUGCAUACUAUCCGGCUCAGCCCCAGUUUACUCCUCCGGUUCAGCCCAUAAACUCCGCCCCUGGGCUCAUAAGCUCCGCCCCUGUGCUCAUAAGCCCUGCCCCCCAGCAACAGGCUCCUCCCCAGCAACAGCAGCAAGCUCAGCAGCAGCACAAACGGGAACGCAAACAGCUAUCCAAACGUUACAAGGGAUAG